GGGUGAAGGCUGAGCUAUCUCCAUUUGCAGCUGGUGCACUUGGGAGUUUUGUAGGACUUUAGUCUAAGAGCAGUCACUACUGGAGACAUGGCUUGGUGGUGUGAAAGCUUUUGGAUACUUGUCACUACUUUGUGUGUCUUGAGGGAUGCUAGUGGCUAUGGAGUAUGGCAUAAAGGACCUCUUCAGGAUCAGGCCAGGGCAGAUGUCUCUGUCCCUCUACCUCAGUUCCUAAAACCUGGCCUUUCAUAUGAUGGAGCCUAUGUUUCCAGAACCCUGACAGAUGGAGGGAAUCCCAAGGUUGUAUCUGGUCAAAGUAGCACCAGCUCUAGUUUGACUGCUGACGUUCGCCAGGAUCCUAGAUUGUCUCAACCUGUUGAGCUACACAGCCAGGUGUCCUCUUCUGUACCCAGGCCUGCAAGUGACUUUGUUGGCAAGUAUCAACCUGUGUUCCAAAAUGAACGCCUUGGUGGAGUUGCACCUCAAUCCCAGUUACUUAGUUCCUCUAGAGAUGAGGCCCUGACCCUUCAGCAACAAGGUGGCUUCUGGGCCCUAACUUCAGGACAGUCAGGGAGACCCCAGCUGGCUAAUGUUGGUCCUUCACCUUCCCAACCUCAAAGGUUCUCAGACCAACUUGCCUAUGAUUUUCCAGCUGGACAAGGACACAAGUCUCUGUCUCCUCCCAAGAAUUUAGGAGGUGGCUUGACCAGCUCUUCUCAAGGCCAUUCUGGUGCUACGUACUCUAGCCCCAGCUGGUAUAAUCCACAGGCAGUGAGCCAGAGUCGCCCAGGUCCCCUCGCGCAGUUAAAGGCAAGGCUCUUUACUAGCCAAGGUGCCCCUGUAACAUCCAGCAGUGUAAGGCCUGCUAGUGAUUUUGCUCAGCAGGCUGGAGGCCCUUACCUGACUGUGCCUUCUCAAGGUGCAACAUGGUGGCCUUCUAGACGUUUCCAGCAUGGCUUUCAGGAUGCCCCUUCCCAGGUGCCGAGUGCCCCUAGUGGUCAACAUGGAGGCCUAGUUUCAAGGUUUUCCCAGUACAGUCCAGCAAGUCCAACAUCUAGGGCCGACGAGUUGUCUCGAGGGCUUUCCAGCGCGCAUGCUGGUGGGAAGAACCCCUCUGGCUUUUCCCCGACAGGCUCUGUCGUGGGCUUCACACAACCCCAGCGAUCCCCUGUGGCUGAGGUGGCAUCUGUUGGCUCCUCUGCUCUUGUUUCGCUUGGCUACAGUGGCUUUCCAAGCCCAAGUUCAACUGGUGAUGCCUACAGUGGGGGCCCGAGUGACCAUUCCUACUUCAGGCCUGCAUCAUACAAGGUUUCUGGCCAGCGUGAUCCCUCAGUCAAAGGUUGAGCAUCUACCCAUUGUUUGACAAAUGCUGGUGUAGUUAAAUUGACCUUGUUUGUCCUGUCUGUUUUACUAAAGUGAUCUAAUAAAAUGUCCGUAUUGAUCUGUG